CUUGUGUCAGUGAUCUUUAUUCUGUGUGCGUCUGUUUUCAGAGGAGGCUAUUCUGUUUGCCUUAAAGAUGCCAAAAUAAAAACUCAAGUAUCCAGAAUUCUCCGGGGCCUCCAGUGUCUCCGGGGCCUCCGGUGUCUCCGGGGCCUCCGGGGUCUCCGGGGCCUCCGGGGUCUCCGGUGCCCCUGGGGUCUCCGGUGUCUCCAGGGCCUCCAGUGUCUCCGGGGCCUCCAGUGUCUCCGGGGCCUCCGGUGUCUCCGGGGUCUCCAGUGUCUCCGGGGCCUCCGGUGUCUCCGGGGCCUCCGGUGUCUCCGGGCCUCCGGUGUCUCCGGGGCCUCCGGUGUCUCCGGUGUCUCCGGGGCCUCCGGUGUCUCCGGUGUCUCCGGGGCCUCCGGUGUCUCCGGGGCCUCCGGUGUCUCCGGUGUCUCCGGGGCCUCCGGUGUCUCCGGUGUCUCCGGGGCCUCCGGUGUCUCCGGGGCCUCCGGUGUCUCCGGGGUCUCCGGUGCCCCUGGGGUCUCCGGGGCCUCCAGUGUCUCCGGUGUCUCCGGGGCCUCCAGUGUCUCCGGUGUCUCCAGGGCCUCCAGUGUCUCCGGGGCCUCUGGGGUCUCCGGGGCCUCCGGGGUCUCUGGGGCCUCCAGUGUCUCCAGGACCUCCAGUGUCUCCGGGGCCUCUGGGGUCUCCGGUGCCCCUGGGGCCUCCGGGGUCUCCGGGGCCUCCAGUGUCUCCGGGGCCUCCAGUGUCUCCGGUGUCUCCGGGGUCUCCGGGGCCUCCGGUGCCCCUGGGGCCUCCAGUGUCUCCGGGGCCUCCAGUGUCUCCGGGGCCUCCAGUGUCUCCAGUGUCUCCGGUGUCUCCAGGGUCUCCGGGGUCUCCGGUGCCCCUGGGGCCUCCAGUGUCUCCGGGGCCUCCAGUGUCUCUGGGGCCUCCGGGGGAACCAGAAACCUCACAACCGGAAAACAAAUGAGCAAAUAUGUGAAAUGCCAAAUAGUGUCAGGAGGAUGGGGCUCGUUUCCAUAAUCCCAGAUAUCCCACAAUCCCCCUGCUGUCACAUCCUCCCCACCAGGAGGACUCAGGCUCUUCUGGUCUUGGUUUCAGGGGCUGGAAGUUUGUGGUUGCUCGGGACACUGGUUCGAAUCCUGAAAUCUAACCAGCAUUAGUUGUAAUGAGUUGCUGUGCUGACUUGUGUGAAGAGUGUCUGUAAGGAUCCAGGUGCUAAAUGACAGCGCUGUGUACGUCCUUCGCUUUACUUUCAAUCUGUUCUUGUUCCAGAUUUCAUUCUGAAUGAAGUUCUCAGGGAAAGCUAGUCAUGGUUAAAGGGAGCUGCUGUUUUCUCGUUUGUCCGCCGCACCACGCCGUCUACAGCCGUCUACAGCCGUUUACAGCUGUUUACAGCCGUCUGCAGCCCUACCCCGGCCGUCUGCAGCCCUACCCCGGCCGUCUGCAGCCCUACCCCGGCCGUCUGCAGCCCUACCCCGGCCGUCUGCAGCCCUAUCCCGGCCGUCUGCAGCCCUACCCCGGCCGUCUGCAGCCCUACCCCGGCCGUCUGCAGCCCUACCCCGGCCGUCUGCAGCCCUACCCCGGCCGUCUGCAGCCCUACCCCGGCCGUCUGCAGCCCUACCCCGGCCGUCUGCAGCCCUAUCCCGGCCGUCUGCAGCUCUAUCCCGGCCGUCUGCAGCCCUACCCCGGCCGUCUGCAGCCCUACCCCGGCUGUCUGCAGCCCUAUCCCGGCCGUCUGCAGCCCUACCCCGGCCGUCUGCAGCCCUACCCCGGCUGUCUGCAGCCCUAUCCCGGCCGUCUGCAGCCCUACCCCGGCCGUCUGCAGCCCUAUCCCGGCCGUCUGCAGCCCUAUCCCGGCCG